UUCAGUCUUAUUUAUAUGAAUACCUUUAAUAAAACGUUGUAUAUAGAGUCGCUAUAGAAAGUGUUACCAAACUUUUUUGUGUGGUGGUCUGUGGGCGGCGCGCGCACAUCCAGCCGAACUCACGGUGCGCCAGGCGAUGCGUUUCAUCCGGACGCGCGCACAUCGAUACAGCGGAGAGUGGAGUGUAUCUGACCGCUGAAGGGGGCAUCUCCUACCGUUACCCAACCAAUGUGAUACCCUCCGGCUCUUCGGGAGAGGAGUUCCUCUGUCGACGCGGUCGUCUUCACCUUGUUUAGGCUACUCUUUCCAGCAAUAUUUCUCCACAUUCAGAGAAUAAUGGAAGCGCUCGCGACGAGAUGCGCACUCUUUCUUGCGCAGAUCGCACUCUUCAGUAACACAGAUGUAUCAGAAGCAUAUGGAUUCAGAUCACAGAAGAAACUCUCAGAGAACAUAGACUGGUCGUACGCGGGAACUCUAAACCAAAAUAACUGGGCAAAGAAAUACCCAUCAUGCAACAAUGCCAAACAGUCACCAAUAAACAUUGAAGAGAGCCUGACGCAGGUCAAAAUCCAGUUCCAGAAGCUGAGAUUUGAGGGAUGGGCGGAAAAGACAUCAGGCUCCGCUACAAUAAAGAAUGAUGGGAAAACUGUGGCCAUUGAUGUAGGAGGAGAGUUUUAUGUGAGUGGAGGGGGGCUCAGGUCCAAGUUUAAGGUGGGACGCAUCACUUUCCACUGGGGCCUGUGCAAUGCCUCCUCUGACGGUUCGGAGCACGGCCUCAAUGGAGGCAAAUUCCCCCUGGAGAUGCAGAUAUAUUGCUAUGAUCCAGAUGUUUUCAGUGACCUCAAUGAGGCCCUCAGAGACGGAGGAAAGAUCACAGCGUUGGCUGUGCUGUUUGAGACAAGAACUGAUGAUAAUGAAAACUACACGGCCAUCAUUGACGCAGUCAACAUUGUCAGCCGUUAUGGAAAGAGCGGCUCCAUCUCUCCGUUCACCUUGCAGGGUCUCCUGCCCGACUCCACGGAGAAGUACUUCAUCUAUAACGGCUCUCUGACCACCCCUCCCUGCUCUGAGACUGUAGAGUGGAUCGUCUUCAAAAACACAGUGGCCAUCUCAGAUGUUCAGCUGGAGAUGUUCUGUGAGGUGAUGACCAUGCAGCAGGCUGGGUAUGUCAUGCUAAUGGAUUACCUGCAGAAUAACUACAGAGAGCAGCAGGAGCAAUUUAUGGGACAAGUCUUCUCAUCCUACACUGGCAUCGAGGAGGUCCACACUCCUAUUUGCAGUUCAGAGCCGGAGAACGUGCAAGUCAACCCUCACAAUUACACCAGUAUGCUUGUAAUCUGGGAAAGACCGCGUGCUGUUUACGACUCGAGCAUAGAGAGAUACUCCGUCACCUAUCGGCCGGCCCAUGGCGAUGAUGAAUCUGCAAAGGAGUACUUGACUGAUGGAGACCAGGACAUUGGGGCGAUCAUUCAGGACCUGGUGGCCAACACCAGUUACAUGGUGCAGGUUGUUGCCGUGUGCACCAACGGUCUGUAUGGCAGAGUGAGUGACCAGCUGACAGUGGACAUGCCCCUGGAUGAUCCUGAAGCAGACAAUGACUCUGAAUCAUUUGACUAUGAAGAUGAGGAAGACUACAACGUCAACCCCUUUUUGAUUAGACCUGACACAAAUCAGCUUCCAUAUCCUUUCCAAACCACCACAAGCAGCCCCAGAGUUACAACAACAGAGCGCCCGGUCCAUCCAGUCAUUAAGACAACACCAAGGACUCAUGAAAGAAGACUCCCGGUAGAAGACUCCCAGAAGACUCCUGAUCAUUAUAUUCCAGUGAUAUACACAGAUAAACCUACAGUAAAAUACACAGACCAACCUACCACCUCUGCAACCAUAACCACCAUAUUUGUUGUAGAUGCACACACCACAAGGCCAGAUAGUUCUAAUGUUGUAGCAGGUGUAUCCUCAGAGUCUGAUGGUCGAAGCAGCACCUUCACAGACAUUGAAACAAAUGUUACCCCUGAAACAAGUGGAACCCUUGAAACAUUUGUAACAUUAGCUUCGAUAGACAUUUUGGGGGUUGAGGAAGUGACUCGACCUGUAACCGACUCCUAUGGUGAUAGUUCAGUGACUGUAGCCCCAUUGCCUGAAAUCCCAAUGGAAUCAACUUCCUCUACCCUUUCCCCUGAGGUCCCUCUGCGGCCUACAACUGCUAGCUUGCCUUUUCCAACCACUGCCGCUUUCAACACUGUUCUGUCGCAGACCACCCAGCCGGUGUUUAAUGGUGAGAGCACCUCAUAUGCCCCCUCUGUAUCUGACACUUUGUCCUACGUGCAUGCAAGUCCUGUCUCCCCCUACUCCUUAAGCAGUGUGUUGUCUGAGCCCAUCCCUGACUGGGACAUCCCCUACACUGUUUCCAUGCUGGUGUCUGGUGGUGCACAGUCUGUCACCCCUUCCCCUUCCUACCCUACCCUAUUCCUCACUGGCUCUGUGUCUUAUUUUGACAUGGAGCCUGUCUCUAGUGGUGGUUGUAAUGAUGAUGAUGGUGAUGAUGAUGUUUUGUCUGGGUCUAUCUCGACUGACCCCCAGUGUAGGAGUACUCUUCCCCUUCAAAUGUUACCAGAAGCGACUGCUUCUGUUGUCUCCAUGCAGCCAUACUAUGAACAUGACCUUAUACACCCCUCUGAGCACCCGAGUACUGUCUCCGUGCUGAGCACUCUUGCAUAUCUCCAGCCAUCGGUUCCUGUCUCUAGGGACUACUCUCUGAUGAUGACAACCCUUGACUCUGAUGCUUCUCUCUCAGGUAGCAUUGGGGACUCUUGCCUGCCGACAGAGUGGGUAGAUUCUUCUCUAGUAGCUCCUACUUUUAGUCAAGACAGUGUUACAUCUAGUGAAAUCUCUUUGCAUGCCUCUCUAAACAUCCUGCUGCCCUCCUCUACUUUGGGAUUGUUCCCUUGUAGUGGUCUCUCGGGUGACCUAUCUAGUCCUGUAGAUCUAGAUUCAUUUCUGUCCACCUCCAGUGCCGGUACUCCUCUGUGCAGCAACACAGACUUGGACCUCCGUGCCGAGGCUCUUUUGUCUUCUCUUCCCUUUUCCACCAAGCCUUCUAGUGACCUCAGCAUUUCUGUUGCAGCCACCGUCAGCAGCGUUGCACAAAGUGCAACCGGACAGUCCCAGGGAGCACCUACUCCCAUAAGAUCUUCAACCAUUGCGUCAACCUCUACUCCAGUAUUCAGAGCCAUACCUACUCCUGUGGUGACCCCAACCCUUGCGCCAACCUCUGCCCCAGAAUCCAUCUCUGUGGUUGUUCCUGUUGUGCCCCCCACUGUUGCCCUCUCCUCUGCUCCAGAGUCUAGUUCCAUUCCUACACAUUCUGCCGAUGGGCAGCUAGAGAACAGUGCCUCGGGCUGGGCGCUCGAUUUAGAUUGGGGCCAGAGCUCAGCAUCUGGAGAUGAGAGUGUCAUCCCAUAUAUCACCACUGCCUCUCCUACAGAGGUACCUCCUGAUGAGGCAGAUGAUGGGAAUGAGGAGCACUCUUCUUCUUUCUACUUCGAAGGUGAGAACGGGACAGAGAGUGAAGCUACUGACUUUAGGGUCACCCUGCGGCCCAGUCCAUCCUGGACCUUACGAGCAAGUGGGGAAGAGGAGAGCGGAUCAGGUGAAAACCUCACAGAUAAUGAGACGUCUUCAGACUUCAGUAUUCCAGAGCGCACUGAGAGGAAUUCAGAGGAGGAACCAGUGGAAGAUGCCAGUAACAGCAGUCAUGAGUCGCGGGUGGGACUGGUGAGCAGCAUUGAGCGGCACAAGAAGGCUGUGGUUCCUCUGGCUGUGGUCUCCACCCUCACCUUCCUGGGUCUCAUUGUUUUGAUUGGCAUUUUUAUCUACUGGAGGAAAUGUUUUCAGACUGCUCAUUUCUACAUUGAAGACAGUACAUCACCCAGGGUGAUAUCCUCCUCGCCAAUGCUGAGCCCUUCAGGUGAACAUGAACCCCAGUCAGUGAAGCAAUUUGUAAAGCAUGUGACCGAGCUUCACAAGACCAACUCAUUUUCCAGAGAGUUUGAGAUAUUGAAAGAGUAUUUUGAGGAAGUUCAGACGUGCACCGUGGACCUUGGAACAACUACAGACUGUUCCACCCAUCCGGACAAUAAGAACAAGAACCGAUAUGUCAACAUUUUAGCUUAUGACCACAGCAGAGUGCGACUCGCACCCCUGAGCGACAAAGAUGGAAGAAGCGGAGGGGACUAUAUAAACGCCAACUACGUGGAUGGUUUUAACAAACAGAAAGCCUACAUUGCAGCACAAGGGCCCUUGAAGUCCAGCACACCGGAUUUUUGGCGGAUGGUGUGGGAGCAGAAUGUGGGAGUGAUUGUUAUGAUCACAAACCUGGUGGAGAAAGGAAGGAGGAAGUGUGACCAGUACUGGCCUCUGGAGAACCAGGAAGAGUAUGGCUGUUUUUUGGUUACUGUAAAGAGCACCAAAGUCCUCGCAUACUACACCCAGAGAACCUUCACCAUCAGAAAUACCAGCAUAAAGAAGGGUUCUCAGAAAGGUCGUAAUAAUGAGAGGACGGUAAUACACUACCACUACACACAGUGGCCAGACAUGGGCGUACCUGAGUAUGUCCUGCCUGUGCUUUCAUUCGUCUACAAGUCCUCUAGGGCCAAAACAGAUGACAUGGGUCCAGUGAUUGUACACUGCAGUGCUGGUGUGGGCCGAACAGGGACCUACAUAGUGUUGGACAGCAUGUUAAAACAGAUUAAAGAGCAGGGGACAGUCAACAUUAUGGGCUUCCUCAAACACAUUCGUACACAACGGAACUAUCUAGUUCAAACGGAGGAGCAGUACAUCUUUACCCAUGAUGCUCUAGUUGAGGCCAUUUUGAGUCGGGAAACAGAGGUGCCAUCAAGCCAUAUUCAUCAGUAUGUUAACAACCUCCUGACCCCAGGGUCCUCAUGCAAGACAUGCCUGGAAAAGCAGUUUAAAUUGGUGUGCCAGUUGAAUGCCAAACAGAAGGAUUACACCAGUGCCCUGAAUGACUGCAACAGAACGAAGAACAGGAGCUGCUCUCUGAUUCCUGUGGAGAAAUCCAGGGUGUGUUUGUCCAAAUCAGCAGGAGAGACGUCAGACUACAUCAAUGCCUCAUAUGUCAUGGGCUAUCGGCAGAGCAAAGAGUUCAUCAUUACCCAGAAUCCUUUACCCAGCACAGUGAAGGACUUGUGGAGGAUGGUGUGGGAUCACAACGCCCAGGUUAUUGUGUCAUUACCGGAUACGAGUAGCACGACAGAAGACAGCGAGCCAAUCAUAUUCUGGCCCACGAGAGAUCAGCCAAUCAGUUAUGAGAUGUUCUCGGUCUCGUUAAGAGGGGAGGGCCACGUGUGCCUGUCCAAUGAAGACAUGCUGAUAGUGCAGGAUUACAUCUUAGAGGCGACACAGGAUGAUUUUGUUCUAGAAGUGAAGCAUUACCGGACGCCACGCUGGCCCAACCCAGACAGUCCUAUUAGUAACGUCUUUGAGCUGAUCAACAUCAUCCAAAAAGAGUCCGGCUCCAAAGAUGGACCCAUGGUCGUACAUGACGAAUAUGGUGGUGUGACUGCGGGAACGUUCUGUGCGCUGUUCACUCUCCUGCAGCAGCUUGAGGCAGAGAGCGUGGUGGACGUCUACAUGGUGGCCAAAAUGAUCAACCUCGUGAGGCCUGGAGUCUUGACUGACAUUGAUCAGUACCAGUUCCUCUACAAAGCCAUCCUGAGUUUGGUCAGCACCCAAGAAGACGAGCGAGCGCUUCAGUCCUCCGACAACAACGGCACGGUCCCAGGAGGCGUCUCGAGUGCGGCCGAGAGUCUGGAAUCCUUGGUGUAACCAUAGUGAUGAGCCGGCACAGGAAAAAGACUCAUUUUUUCUAUCAAAGAAUGCUCUUGUUUUCCCCCAGUCCAUCUUCUGAACUGAUAGCGCUCUGCUGGAUGCAGCGCCGUCAUUAAAUGUGUGCCUUUGUACACUCCACGUUUUUAUUAAUUGUUUCUCUCUUAAACCGCCACCUUGUGCUAAUGUCUUACGUACUAAUGUUUUCUCAUAGAGUCUCGUAUUUAUUUGCUUAAAAGCUUGUUUAAAGGGAAAAACUUUUUUAUUUUAAUAAGACUGUUUUUUUAUUAGCCUAUCUUUUGUAGUAGAAUUUCAGCCACUGUUUUUCAUACAAAUAUACAAAGAAAGUGGCAAAAUCAGUCAUGGAUAAGGGCAGGAAAUAAUAUUCUAAUGUGUAAAUAAUAUUACAGCAACCACAUCGAUGGACCAAAUUUCUAUUUAUGUCUAGAAUUUUAUAUUUGAGGCACUAGUGCUUUACAAGGCAUGGCUGCGUUUUAAUAAUUUAGUCACAUUUGAAAUGGUGUUUUAAUAUUUCUGAUGCCUCACUGUUUUGUUACUGACGUAAGAUGAAGCAUUGCAUACUGACACUGUUUAGCUGUACAAGAUGUUUUGUCUGUUUGUAGGAUUAAAUGAAACAAGAAAGUA